AUGUCGUGGAAGGUGCCGCAGGAUUGGCCGACUGGACCCAGCCCCGCGCCUUGCGACGCCUGGGAGGGCGCGGAGCCCACCGAAGCGGAGGCUGCGGACGCUGAAGCCGCAGCCGGCGAUGCCUACUUCGCAGAGGAGGAGAUCGCCAGCUGGACGGGCAAGCAGGCUGUCCUGUGGCUGCUCGAAGCGGGCAAUGCCUUCGAGGCCUUGGGCCUCCGGCCCAAGCCCACCCCGCCGGCACGAUUGCGCCGCCGCUUCCUCCGGUUGUCCCUGCUGACACACCCGGACAAGAACAAUGAGCCGGAUGCCGCCGCGGCUUUUCGGAAGCUUUCAGACAGCAUGAGGGUGGUGUCCACGGAGCAGAGCCAGAUGGAUUUGCUGAGAGGCCUCUUCCCAAGAGUGUACGGCGUCGAGACCACCUCGGCCGACCCCGCCAAGGUGGAUGGUGUUUACACCACCUCCCGGACCGAGACACCGGAGGAGGCUGCUGUGCGGAGGGAGCUGGAGGCGCAGAUAGAGAGGGCCCUGCGCGAAGAGAAGGAGCGAAGGGACGCCUCUGAGGCUGACGACGAGCAAGCGCAGCGAUCCAAGCGCAGACGCAGCCUCGAAGCGAUUCUUCAGGCACAGAAGCUUCAGAGGUUGGGCCGCGCGGCAAAAGCACAGGUUGCCCGGGGCAGCGGCAAGGGAGUGAAGCUUGCGAAGGCGCCGCAGGAAGCGCUUCUCUCUGCGGAAAGGCCGGGCACAACCUGCGUGGCUGCACGCUGCCGGGAUCUGCGUCGUAUAGAAACCUGCGAGCAGCAGCCCGGGGCCAGCGAGAACGCCAAGUCACCUGAGUCUGUGGUGAGGGAGCUGCUGAAUGCCGGGUACCUUCGCUUCCCCGAGCUUUGUCCUACUUGCCACGGAGCUCUACAGGGUCCGUUCUCGCUCAAGGAUGUUAAGCAGCCAGGAGACUUGUGUCUUCGCUGCAAAAGCUGGGACUGCCAAGCCCGGCGUCAACGUGCUGGGGCCUUCUGUCCGUUGCUGGAUGAGCAGUCUCGCCGCAGGACGCUGCUGCCUGAGAAGCUACUUUCCAUCCUGGUGCAGUUCCUGUCCAAGUCCAACCCUCGGAUCGACGAGACAGCGCAUCUCAAUGGCUUGCGCGCCGGCGUGGUCAUGCGAGUGCACCAUGAGCUGCGAUGCGAUGUCUGGGUUGGGGCGUCACUCGUGGAGGACUCUUUCUUGCUGGGUGCUUUUCGCGGGUCUUUCGUUUUCGCUGGGAACCAUGGUGUGUCCGCCCUUCUUCAAGAGCUGAAAACGGUGAUGGAGGACUGCUACUACACGUACCACGGCCUGCUGGCGCAGACAGCUGUCGUGGCCUGGGAUGACUCACAUGGAACGCAUUGCCGAGCGCAACGAAACACCGUGUUUUCCGUGCUUGACGUCUCUGUGCGUGUUCAGGCUGCAUGGCAGGGCAUUCACAGACCCGGCCCCAAGACUCUUGCAUACGCCAGAGUCUUGCACUGCAUGGGCAUUUGCCACUUCCUGACACAUAGGGCUGCUUUGGAGGCUGCUGUGUCGGGCAGACCCUUUGCACCAGCGCCGGAUCCUCAGCACCAAGCUCCAGAGCACAGGGAUCUGUGGAGCUUCAAUCCGCUCUGGCCGGCAGACCUGCCAAAGAUCACCUUGUCCCACGACAAGACAGCUGAUGCUGUCAAGAACAUAGGCCGGAACAGUGACUGGCAAGCAGUGGCCCUGGCACUCGGACAUCUUGACAAAGCAGAAUGCCUGGCAGAUGUCUGCAAAACACCAUGUGGAGGAGAAAGCCAGGCAAGAGUGGUGCUUUUCAACUGCGCGCCACCUUACAGUCAGUCCAAGUGCUGA